GCGAGUGUGAAUGCACAUGCUCCGUGCGCUCAGUGGUCGAAUUUUGCUGUGCUUUUGUGUUCCGUUACAAGAAAGUCUCCAGUUCUUCUGAAUAUCAUUGAUUGAUUGAUUGAUAAAUUAAGAUUGAGAUUGUGCCAACACACGGCACGGUGAUCGUAAGCGAAAGGAUUUUGCAGUUUUGUUACGUUACGGUAAUAUCGGUUGGUGUCUCGUUUGCGGAUGUCCUUGCUUACUUACGGGAAAAAGGACUGUUUUGUGUCAAAGGAAAUGUGAAGAAAAAAAUAGUGCACAACGGAUGAAAUGAAGUAAGAGAGAGAGAGAGAGGAUGGCUGGAAAAGAUUCGUGGGUUGAAUUCUGAGUGCAAGGCAAUGUAACACAAAGGAAGCUAGAGGAAAAACGGCCAACUGCAAAAAAAAUAGUGCGAUUGCUGAGAUUAUUAGUGAAAAUUGUUCGAUGAUUUUGAUUUGCUGUUGUAUGCAAAAGCUGAAGUGUUGGCAACGUGCCUCCUAGGAUCUACAAUCGUUACCCGCGCGAUGAGUGGUGAAAUCGGGAAGGAUUGCAACAAUGAGUGUCAUUCGGGGCAUGUUUAAUGCGCUUUGCGUAUGCGGAUGAAUCGGAGUGUGAGAUCUCCGCACGCGGGGGGAACGGAAAUACAGGACGGCGUACAAAUGGAUGAAUUAAACCUUGUUUGAAGUUUAUUCGUUGCUCCAUGGUUUUCUAUUUUAUUGAGAGAAAAAAAGUGCAAGAAAGUGUAGUGCAACCAAAAAAUAAAAAAAUAACGAAUGAUUGAGUAAUUGUGUGUUGUGGGACCACCAAGGUGACGCAAUAUAAAGUUGCUAUCGUAAGGAUUUGGACCAACCGGAGCAAACAAGAAACUAUACGCGGAAAACGGAGUUUUCGCCGCACUGCAACUAUGUGGUUGUUUUCGACCACCCGCGGAAGAUCGUCCGCUUUGACGGCGGUCGGACUGGAAGGACUGUGGAUUAAGUUUCUCGCAUCUGUCUUGAUUUUCAGCGCGCUUAUUGACACCGCUUCCGGUUUUCUGUCGUGUUCACCGUCUCCCUGCAAACAUGGCGGAACGUGCGUGAGCAAACCGAUCGGAGGAUCAUAUUGCAACUGUACGUCGCGCUAUACCGGAGAAUUCUGUGAAUUUCCAAAUCCGUGUCAUAACGGCGCUGGUCCACGGUGUCAGAAUGGGGGCACCUGUGAGGUCAUGUCCGGCCAGGGUGCACCCUCCUUCUCGUGUCGCUGCCCGAUCGGCUACACGGCAAGUUUGUGUGAGAUCCCGGAAAAGAACGCGUGCGAUUCGUCCCCGUGCAACAACGGCGGAACGUGCAAGCUGAAAACGCUGGACGAUUACAGCUGUCUCUGUGCUACCGGUUAUUCGGGCAAAUUCUGCGAUAAGCAGAAUCUCUGCGCCUCGUCACCAUGCCGGAACGGAGGCACUUGCACCCUGUCGCAGAACGGAAACUUCAAGUGUAUCUGUCCGAAGGGCUUCAAGGGUACCACUUGCUCCGAGGACAUCGAAGAGUGCAUCAAAAGCCCUUGCGCCAACGGUGGCAAGUGUGUCAAUACCCAUGGAUCUUACCAAUGCAUGUGCGAACCCGGAUUUACAGGAAAAAACUGCGAAUCGCAUUACAUUCCCUGCUCGCCAUCCCCGUGCCAAAACGGUGGCACUUGUAAGCAGUCGACGAAAUUUUCCUACGAAUGCAAAUGUCCCCCAGGUUUUCAAGGCAAAAAUUGCGAGGAGAACAUCGAUGACUGCCCGGGGAAUCUGUGUCAGAACGGUGGCAGCUGCGUAGACGGGGUCAAUGCGUACCACUGCAAGUGUCCACCGAGCUUUACCGGUGAGUACUGCGAAACGGACGUGGAUGAGUGCGUUCAGCAGCCGACGAUUUGCAAGAACGGUGCAACCUGUACGAACACCCACGGCGGUUACAAUUGCAUAUGUGUCAACGGUUGGAACGGGCCGGACUGUAGCAAUAACAUCGACGAUUGUGUGGAUGCGGCUUGCUUCAACGGGGCAACCUGUAUCGACGGUGUCGGAAGUUUCUACUGUCGCUGUACGCCCGGCAAGACUGGCUUGCUGUGCCAUCUGGAUGACGCUUGCACUUCGAAUCCUUGCCAUGCGGAUGCGAUUUGUGACACCAGUCCGAUCAACGGAUCGUUUACCUGUUCGUGUGCGAUGGGCUACAAGGGAAUCGAUUGUUCCGAGGAUAUCGACGAGUGUGAUCAAGGUUCCCCGUGCGAACACAACGGUAUCUGUGUCAACACGCCAGGUUCUUUCGCGUGCAACUGCACCCAGGGAUUUACCGGACCUCGCUGUGAGACCAAUGUGAACGAAUGUGAAUCUCACCCGUGUCAGAACGAGGGUAGCUGCCUGGACGAUCCCGGAACUUUUCGCUGCGUUUGCAUGCCUGGAUUCACCGGAACGCAAUGCGAGAUCAACAUCGACGAGUGUGCGACGACGCCCUGCCUGAACGGUGGCAUCUGUCGGGAUCUGAUCAAUUCGUUCAAGUGUACCUGUGCGAUCGGUUUCACCGGAUUGCGCUGUCAGAUCAACAUCGACGAUUGUAUGUCGCAACCGUGUCGGAACGGUGGAAUCUGUCACGAUCUGAUUGCCGGCUAUACGUGCGAGUGUCCCCCCGGUUAUACGGGGAUAUCGUGCGAGACGAACAUCAACGAUUGUCAGUCGAAUCCGUGCCACCGGGGCGUUUGUAUCGAUGGUGAUAAUUCCUUUUCCUGCCAGUGUAAUCCCGGUUAUACCGGGUAUCUGUGUCAGAUUCAGAUCAACGAGUGCGAAUCGAACCCGUGUCAGUUUGGUGGACACUGUGAGGAUCUGGUUGGCGGUUACAUCUGCCGCUGUCAACCGGGAACGUCCGGACCGAACUGCGAGGUGAAUGUAAACGAGUGCCAUAGCAAUCCGUGUCGACAUGAGGCCAAGUGCAUCGAUGGAAUUAAUCGGUACACUUGUCAGUGCGUUCCGGGUUUCACCGGAACACACUGCGAAACCAACAUCAACGAGUGUGCUUCGGACCCUUGUGCCAACGGGGGAGUUUGCAUGGAUUUGAUUAACGGAUUCCGUUGCGAGUGUCCUCGGGGUUACUUCGAUGCGAGAUGCCUGAGUGACGUUGACGAAUGUGCGUCGAAUCCCUGCACCAACGGAGGUCGAUGUGAGGAUGGAGUGAAUCAGUUUAUCUGCCACUGCCCGCCAGGAUACGGAGGAAGACGAUGCGAAACCGAUAUCGACGAAUGUGGUUCCAAUCCGUGCCAGCAUGGAGGCAUCUGUAGGGAUGGGCUGAAUUCGUACACUUGUCAGUGUAUGCCGGGUUAUUCCGGGAAGAACUGCGAGAUCAAUAUCGACGAUUGCAUCAAUAAUCCGUGUCGUAACGGAGGUUCAUGUAUUGAUUUGGUGAAUGGAUAUAAGUGCGUCUGUCGAGUACCGUUUACGGGGCGCGAUUGUGAAUCGAAAAUGGACCCGUGCUUACCCAAUCGCUGCCGAAAUGGUGCCAAGUGUUCACCAAGCCCUAACUAUUUGGACUUUUCCUGUAGCUGCACGCUGGGAUAUACCGGAAGGUUGUGUGAUGAGGAUAUCAACGAAUGUGCCCUGUCUUCACCGUGUCGGAAUGGUGCCACCUGUAGAAACACAAACGGAUCGUACCAGUGUCUUUGUGCUCGCGGGUACGAGGGACGGGAUUGUACGGUCAAUACGGAUGAUUGUGCUUCGUUUCCUUGCCAGAACGGAGGGACUUGUUUGGAUGGCAUCGGUGACUAUACCUGUCUGUGUGUGGAUGGUUUCGAAGGGAAACACUGUGAGGUGGACAUCAACGAGUGUCUCUCGAUACCGUGCCAGAAUGGGGCGACCUGUACGCAGUAUGUCAACUCGUACACCUGCACCUGUCCGCUGGGAUUCAGCGGAAUGAACUGCCAAACCAACGACGAAGAUUGUACGGAAAGUUCCUGCAUGAACGGUGGGACGUGCAUGGAUGGGAUCAAUAGCUAUAACUGUUCGUGUCAUAGUGGAUUCACCGGUUCCAAUUGUCAGUAUAAGAUUAAUAAAUGUGACUCGCAGCCCUGUCGGAACGGGGCCACUUGCUAUGACUAUGAUAAUGACUAUACGUGUCACUGUUCGUACGGUUACACCGGGAAGCAGUGCAUGGACUACGUGGACUGGUGCUCUCAGUCACCGUGCGAAAACGGGGCGACCUGUGUUCAGCGGGAAAAUGUCUAUCAGUGCAUCUGUGCCCCCGGUUGGACUGGUAAACUGUGCGAUGUCCAGAUGGUGUCCUGUAAAGAUGCGGCCAUUCGGAAGAAGGUCGAACCGAAACUGCUCUGUCACAAUGGGACGUGUGAAGAUUUUGGCAACUCGCACCGGUGCCACUGUCAGCAGGGUUACACCGGAUCGUACUGUCAGAAGGAGAUUAACGAGUGCGAAAGUCAACCGUGUCGGAAUGGUGGUCACUGUAAGGAUUUGAUUGGAUCGUACAAAUGCGUGUGCAAGCAAGGUUUUCAGGGUCAAAACUGUGAGCUGAACAUCGACGAGUGCAAACCGAACCCGUGUCGGAAUGGUGGAAUCUGUCACGAUCUGAUCAACGACUACAAGUGUUCGUGUCCGCCGGGAACGUUGGGGGUGCUGUGCGAAAUUAACACCGACGAUUGUACGCCGGGUGCGUGUCACAACAAUGGAAGCUGUAUCGAUCGGGUUGGUGGAUUUGAGUGUCGCUGUCCGUCCGGGUUUGUUGGGUCACGAUGCGAGGGCGACAUAAACGAGUGCCUGUCGAAUCCUUGCUCGAAUCCGGGAACGUUGGACUGCGUUCAGCUGGUGAAUGACUAUCACUGUAACUGCAAACCGGGUCACAUGGGGCGACACUGCGAGAUUAAGGUCGAUUUUUGUGCCAACUCACCGUGCCUGAAUGGAGGUCUUUGUUCGACCAGACAAACGGGUCAUCACUGUGUCUGUGCCGAUGGGUAUUACGGUAAAAAUUGUGAAUUUUCCGGACAUGAUUGCGACUCGAAUCCGUGCAUCAACGGGCUGUGUCAGAUUGCCGAUGAUGGCGGGUACCGGUGCGAAUGUCCUCUGGGUACCAGUGGCAUCAACUGUGAGAUUGACAUCCUGGACGAAUGUAGUUCCAGUCCGUGUGAGCGUGGUGCCGCGUGCCAAAACAAACUGGGCGAUUUCGAGUGUUUCUGCCCGCCGAAGUGGGCCGGUAAGACGUGCAAUGUGUACGAUCCGUCGUACAAGGGAUGGUUCGAGAGUGCCAGCAAGAAGAAGGGAAUCCUGAAUACGUACGCAAUUGAUUUGGAGUAUCAGCGGGCGCAGUGCGUUAAGAAGGGUUGCCGGGAGAAGCAGGGCAACCACCGGUGCGACGAAGAAUGUAAUACCUAUGCGUGUGACUUUGAUGGUAACGACUGUUCGUUGGGAAUCAAUCCGUGGUUGAAUUGUACCGCUAGUAUCAACUGCUGGGAAGUGUUUAUGGAUGGAUUCUGCAAUGAGGAAUGUAACAACGCCAUGUGUUUGUUCGAUGGACGGGAUUGCGAGAAGAAACUGCAACCGUGCAAUCCGGUUUAUGAUGCGUACUGUCAGAAGCACUAUGCGAACGGUUUUUGUGACUACGGUUGUAACAAUGCCGAGUGUAACUGGGACGGGUUGGAUUGUGAGAACGAGAAGGAACCGGCACAGCUAGCGGAAGGAGCCAUUUCCAUCAUUCUGUUGAUGGAACUGGAAACGUUUAAGAAAAAUUCCGUUCAAUUUCUGCGUGAUCUCGGGCAUCAACUUCGAACCACGGUACGGAUCAAGAAAAACAGUGCCGGAGCGGAAAUGAUCUACCCGUGGAAGGGGGGUACCGCUCUGCAGGGUCUAGCCGAUAGUGAGUUCGGUCGGAAGCAUCACGUCGUCUAUACGGAAGCAAGGCAAACCGGUAUUCAGGUAUUUCUGGAAUUGGACAAUCGAAAGUGUAUCGGAAUGACCGGUGCUGAGUGUUUUGGAACUGCCAACGAAGCUGCCGAAUUCCUAGCUGCCACGGCUUCCAAACAUUCUUUGUCGAAACAGUUCCCGAUUUAUCAGGUCAAAGGAGUGAAUCCGGACGACGAUAGCAUCCCAGAAUCGACAAACUCCAACUACGUUCUGCUAGGAUUCUUCAUUGGACUGUUGGUGUUUGCCAUGUGCGGUGUGUUGGUGGCGAAUCGGAAACGGGCCCAUGGCGUCACUUGGUUCCCGGAAGGAUUCCUGACUGCCAGUACCAACGUUCGUAGACCGUCCCGUCGGAGACCGGAUGGUCAGGAAAUGCGAAAUUUAAACAAAAACCCUUCGAUGGUGGACAUGUCCAAUGGGCACAUGGGACAUUCGCAGCAGUGGUGCAACAGCGACGACGAAUCGGAAAUGCCACAGCCCAAGCGAAUGCGUGCGAUCGAUCAGGGUUAUUCGAGUGAUCACACCGCGAUCACGGACUACGAAGAAACGGAACCCCGUGUUUGGUCUCAGCUUCAUUUCGAGGCGGCAGAUAUUCGUGAUCAUCCAACGAUGAUGACGCCACCGACCCAUCACGAUGGGGGACACACGGAGGUGGAUGUGCGAGGACCGUGUGGAAUGACUCCGUUGAUGGUAGCCGCCAUACACCGCGGUGGUCCCGAUUCGGGUCUUCACCGAGGAGAUCCGGAUACGGUGAUGCACAGAGGCGAUAUGGACGUCGCCAUUCACCGUGGUCCCGAUUCGGGCGAGGACAUGGAUUCCACCGAUGACACAACGGCACAAUUCAUUUCGAAACUGGUAGCACAAGGUGCUGAACUAAAUGCAACUAUGGAUAAAACCGGAGAAACGUCACUACAUCUAGCGGCCCGCCAUGCCCGAGCGGAUGCCGCCAAGCGUCUCCUGGAUGCCGGAGCCGAUGCCAACAGUCAAGAUUACACCGGAAGAACUCCUCUGCAUGCGGCCGUUGCAGCCGAUGCCGUCGGUGUUUUCCAGAUAUUGCUAAGAAACCGAGCCACUAACCUGAACGCACGCAUGCACGACGGUACAACUCCGCUCAUCCUGGCAGCCCGUUUGGCUACCGAAGGUAUGGUGGAAGAACUGAUCACUGCCGAUGCAGACAUCAAUGCCGCCGAUAACAACGGGAAGACGGCCCUGCACUGGGCUGCCGCGGUUGACAAUGCGGACGGUGUGAAUGUCCUGCUGGCGCAUGGUGCCAAUCGGGAUGCUCAGGAUGACAAAGACGAAACACCGUUAUUCCUCGCUGCUCGUGAAGGUGCGUUCGAAGCUUGCAAAGCCUUGUUGGAUAACUUUGCCAAUCGUGACAUUACCGAUCACAUGGACCGACUACCGAGGGAUGUGGCAAGCGAACGACAGCACCAGGACAUCGUGAGACUGUUGGACGAACAUGUGCCACGCAGUCCACAGAUGGUAACGACGAUUCCGAACACGAUCAUGUCACCGACGACGCACAUGAUCACCCAUCCGACGAUUAUUGCUUCGACGAAGCAGAGCAAACAGAAGAAACGGACCAAGAUGAACGGCAGCGGUUUGGGCGGUGCUCAGAACCCCAACAGUCCGGACAACGACGGUAGUGUUAGAAGAAAAACGAAAAAACCCAGUGCCACCAAUGCCGGUGGUGCGAAGAAGAACAACAUCGUCGACGUGCAAAUUCCGGACGAUCAGCUGAGCUCGGUCGAAUCACCGCUCGCCAACAUUCCCAGUCCGUACGAUACCGUCAGUCUGUACUCGAAUGCCAUGACGGUGCACCAGAUAGACCCGAUGACCGGAAAUAAGAAGCCACCGAGCUACGAGGAUUGCAUCAAGAGUGCUCAAUCGAUGCAAUCGUUGCACAACAUCAACCUGGACAACUACGGAUACUCGAUAGGAGGUGUUGGUCCGGGUAAUACACCGUUCCAGGAUCUGCUGAUGAGCCAACGGGGCAAUGCCGCUGCGGCUACGAUGAUUCACGCGAUGCACAUGGGUGAAAGUGGUCUCAGUCCGCCGUACUCGAACCAAUCACCGCCUCACUCGGUGCAGAGCAAUAUGGCUCUGUCCCCGCAAGGGUAUAUCGGUUCUCCGUCGCCCGCUAAAACGCGACCGAGUCUGCCAACGUCUCCGACGCACAUUCAAGCGCUGAGACACGCUCAGCAGCAGAAACAUGGUGUGCAAAUGAUCUCCAAUGGAAGCAUGCAGCAACAGCAGCAGCAGCAGCAGCAGCAACAACAACAGCAACAACAGCAGCAACAACAACAGCAACAACAACAAAAUGGCAAUAGUAUAGGCUGUGGCCAACAACAGCUAGGCAGUAGUAGCAACAGUAACGGUAGCAGUAACAACCCAAACAGUGCAAUGCUGGCCAGCCUACAGAUGAACUUCGUUCAUGGCUCCACCGGUCUGGAGCUGGCCGGAUUCUGUAGUCCGACAGGUCAAGGAUCUCAGGCAUCAACAUCGCAGAACACCACUGCCACAACCGUCUCGUCACCGUCGAACUCGACGAUGUCGUCGUCGCACUUGUCGCCACUGUCGUCGGCGUCCGCACACUGCCAGCAGUCGACGCUGAACAGCCAACAGUCGUCGUUCUACCAGUAUCUCACACCGCCCAGUCAGCACAGUGGCGGGGUGACACCUCAGCAUCUGGUCCAGACGUUGGAUAGCUAUCCGACACCGUCACCGGAAUCGCCCGGUCACUGGUCAAGUUCCUCGCCUCAUUCGACCUCGGACUGGUCCGAAGGGGUGCAGUCGCCUGCGGCGGCCAACAUGAAUGUCUACGUGACGAGUGCUGCCCCGGGGGGUGGUCACCAGGCCAACAAGGGUUCGGAAGCGAUCUACAUUUGAACGUGCGUCCUCUCCUCUGUAGGUAGCGUUAGCGGAAAACCCCGAGGUGCCCGAGGCCAAAGUUGUUUUUUUUUCUAUUUUCUACUGCUAAAAAAAACACCCAACAACAAGAGCCUCAUCUCACUGUUUUUUGUACGUGUAUAGAAAGUGUCUCUUCCACACCCCCCUCCCCUCCACUCCGUGGUUUGUCCAUAUGCUAGUUCAAGGGCCCGAAACGGUUGGAACCCGCGGAGCGUGAUAGUGAUAAUUUAUUUUUUAAUUUAACUAAUUUUAAUCUAUUUGUUGUAUGUAACAAAAGUAUGGCACUGCGGCAGAGUUUGCUGCAAAAACAAACAAACAAAAAAAUGCAAUGCAUCGUUAGAACGAACGUGUAUUUUUGAUGAAAACAAGUUGUGAAUGUUUGUGUUAGAUGUUUGUGGGAAUUUCACGAAUUUGAGAUUAUUUCCAAUCUGCGAGGGAACUGUGUGCAUUCCUCAAUAUCGUAACGGAAAAAUUCCUUGCUUAAACAAACUACUUUUAAACAGAGUUUUUAUUGAAAGAAAGAAAAGACAGAUUUUAAACAAAAAAAGAAGAAAAGAUCAAAUGUACAAUAUACUUAUACAUAUAUUGCCUUUUCCAAGUAAUGCUAGUACAUAAUGCUCGGAAGGGAGCAUUUUUUUUUUUAACCCGAAGCAUGUUAAGUCGAUCCGAACGGUGAUCGGCACUUGUAGAACUAUUUAAUAAGAUGUCUGUGACGAGAAAAAAAAACAAACAAACAUAACUAUUAUAUCUUACAAAAGACAUGACGGAAGAAGUUAGAAUGUUAAAAAAAACGUAUAGAUUAGCCCUCCCUGUAUAAAGUUUACGGAUGAGAAACUCAAAAACAUGGUCUGAUUAUGUAGGUUAAUAUUUGUCUUCUCAAAAGUGCUACUACUAACUAGCCGCGGUAACGUAAUCAAUCAAUCAAUCAAUCAAUCACACAUGAAACAAGAAAACGAACCGUUUUCGUCCGUGUUCGCCCACCACCCCCGCAAGCGGGGGGCGUUGGGUGCCCUUCCGUCGAAAUUCACCCCGGUGGCCACCUAUUUGGCUUCGGGGUAGUUUUCAACUGUGUAGAUGUUGUACAUAGUCAAAAAUAUAACGAAUAAAAAAAAACUUUUUAUUGAAAUUAUUGUAAUAUUUUAUCAAGAUUUUUUUUUAAAUGAUAAGAACGCAGUCUCGAUACGCACACACACACACGCGCGCGCGGACGUGGUUUUAUAACUAGCUAUUGUAGUGUAGUUAAUAAAUGUUCUCUCUUUAAAAAAAACACAGACAGACAUAAAACUCUCUACAAGAAAAAUAAAAUAGCGUAAGUUUGUCUCUAGCGCCGGCCAAGCAGAAUCUCAGUAAAUAAUAGACUCCAGUGACAAUCAAAGUACCACUUGCAAUACUAAACAAAUCGUGACGAUCUUCAUUAUUCCUCGUAAUAUGUAUCAUUUUGUAAUCAGAAUCAAGAGAAAAAAAAUAAACAAAUUCAUCGAAUCGCGCUUGGGGAUCUGCUGCGAAGCACCGUUGAUUAGUAUUUUCACUUAAUCGUAUUUUCAAUUGUUAAAAAAAACGAAUUUAAAAUCGACUGUUACAUUCUUAUAUCGUAGAAAAGUUCAUGCAAAAUUAAGGCACAUAUGGAAAUACAGAAGAGCGCAAACGAUUACAGAGAAAUAUAUAUAGGCGACAUUUGUCUUACUAUUAUUAAAAAGAGACGAAAAUAAUAAAAAUGUAUAAAAUUUA